CUGCUAACAUGCCGCAUUGUGACUGCUGCUGUCAAAUUGACGUUUGCUCGCUGCGCCUCUCUUUCGCUCUUUCUUCUUCGAGUGUUCGCCAUACAAGAUGACGAAGGGUACCUCGAGCUUUGGUAAACGCCACAAUAAGACGCACACUUUGUGCCGUCGCUGUGGACGUUCCUCCUACCACAUCCAGAAGUCCACUUGCGCCCAGUGCGGUUAUCCCGCCGCCAAGUUGCGUUCGUACAACUGGUCCGUCAAGGCCAAGAGGAGGAAGACCACUGGCACCGGCCGCAUGAGCCACUUGAAGGUGGUGCGCCGUCGUUUCCGCAACGGUUUCCGUGAGGGAACACAGGCCAAACCCAAGAAGGCCCAGACCGGCAAAUAAGCCCUGAAAUCAUUAUCAUUUAUUUUUGGCAUCAUCAACAACAGCAACAACAACAAUUAACAUCUCCAGCAGUCGCCGUUGCAGUUACAACAAAAUCAAAUCAAAUGAUGUGAAAUGAGAAAUGAAAUAUGCUUAUGCACUUGUGGCACGAGCUAAUAAAUUAACUUUUUUUUGAUUAAGUGAA